AUGGCGCGAAAGUGCCAAAGACGGAGGGAAUUAUCGUGAUGCUUGAUUUCAUGCAGAGAUGCAUGGGUACAUAGUGAAUUCACAAAUGUUGGUUCUGUAUGUUGAUGGCUGGUUUCGGAGGUUCGAGCUGGUGCUACAUUAGCAAAUGGAGUUUUGUGGAUUUUGUAUGGAGCAUCUGAAGAUGAAGAUGAGUAUAGCUUGAUGGAGUUUGUAAUACUUGUUAUUGAUGCUGAAAUUUUUUGUUUUGUUGUGUUUUUGUUGAUGUUGUGGCUUUUGACGAUGUUACUGUUGUAG